UCGACUGCUGGUGAUUUCCUGCGUUUUCAAAAUCUCAUCGCUGGCACUGAGCUAACUAGUACGAAGUUUUGCACACAGAUUUAUUAUGUUUAUUUCGUCUCUACAGCUGGAGUAUGAGACGAAAUGUAGUCGCUAUUCCUGGUCGGAAUGCUGUGUAACGUUUUCAGCGUUUCAGGUCGCAUUAUGAAGCGUUUUGAAGAAUGAAGAAUAAUUAUAUUUUCAUCAGGGUCGUUGGGAAAGGGAGCUAUGGGGAAGUGAACUUGGUGAAACACAAAACCGACCGAAAACAGUAUGUUAUUAAGAAGCUGAAUUUAAUCACCUCCUCCAAGCGGGAACGGCGUGCAGCUGAGCAGGAGGCGCAGCUACUGUCCCAGCUGCGACAUCCUAACAUUGUGACAUACAGGGAGUCUUGGGAAGGAGAUGACUGCCAGCUGUACAUUGUGAUGGGUUUCUGUGAAGGGGGCGACCUUUAUCAUCGACUCAAACAGCAAAAAGGUGAACUCUUACCUGAGAGGCAGGUGGUGGAGUGGUUUGUCCAGAUAGCCAUGGCACUUCAGUACCUGCAUGAGAGGAACAUUCUUCACCGGGACCUUAAAACACAGAACAUUUUCCUGACAAAGACCAACAUCAUCAAAGUUGGGGACCUUGGCAUCGCACGAGUAUUAGAAAACCAGAAUGAUAUGGCCAGCACACUCAUAGGGACCCCUUACUACAUGAGUCCAGAGCUCUUCUCUAAUAAACCCUAUAACCACAAGUCAGAUGUAUGGGCCCUGGGUUGCUGUGUGUAUGAAAUGUCCACACUGAAACAUGCCUUCAAUGCUAAAGACAUGAACUCGCUGGUCUAUCGCAUUGUAGAAGGAAAGCUGCCACAGAUGCCCAGUAGGUAUGAUCCCCAGCUGGGAGAGCUAAUCAAGAGCAUGCUGUGUAAGAGACCUGAAGACAGGCCUGAUGUCAAACUUAUCCUCCGGCAGCCCUACAUCAAACGACAAAUUGCCAUGUUCCUUGAGGCCACUAAAGAAAUAACUGCCAAGUCAAAAAAGAAAGCUGUGGGUGGCAGUGGUGAUUGUAAGGCCACCAGUGCAUUGUCAGUGGUGUCAUCUCAGCCAAAACCAGAGAGAAGUCCCCAACCGGAACCUCUUGCCAGGGUAAAACGGAAGGAGGAGAAAUCACAACAACAUAAAGUUUGGAAUGGUGCCACCGACUGCAACCCAGUCCAAUCACCUUUGCCACACAAAUCCUCCUCACCUGAUGCUCUCAAAGCCAGCAUCAUAUCUGUGGCAACAGUCAGAAACAUUGAUAUUGAUCUCCAACCGCAGGAGGCUGAGGACCUGACAAAGAGACAGGAGCAGGGGCUCCAGUCCGUUGUGUUACAGACUGGUAAUGAGCCUGUGACUCACAGUGUGCACAAAGACAGCAAGGGAAGAAGAAAACCAGAUCCCUCCCCCCCUUCUUCCCCCAUUAAACCCCCUCUGAAGUCUGUAUCAGGUGUUGGCAGUAGGGGAGGAGACGAGAGGAGGCCACAGGCCAUGCCAAACCCCUGUGAUACAUUUUCUGUCUGUGGGGAGAAACAGAUGUCAGAUGUGGAUGAUACCAUGGAGUUACUUAAAGAGGCUGACAUGCAGAACCCAAAGAAAGAGGUGGAGAGAGAGGCUGCUUUUUCUAUCUCUGAGAGGAAAUCGGCACACAUAUCCAGUAUAGAAAAUAUUGGAACGUCUGUGGGAGUGAAUGUAGAUAAUAAAAAUGACACUGUUACCCUUCUCAAGGGAGCUCCGACACCACACCAUACCUCAGACAUCCAAGAAAUCCUAGAAUCUACUGAAAAACUGUUAGAGCCAUCCCCUCCAACACUGGAGCCUGUUCAGGAGGAUUCUCACUUACCAGCCAGUAACCUGGGUCUGAUCACUCCGUGUCAAACCCCUCUGUACUUCUCAUCAGAACCCGCUGUAUCACAGCAGCACAGAGGGAGGGACAAAAGAUGGACACAUGGAGAUCAGGACAAGGUGGCUGCUCCUAGACCUUUACCUCCACCUCCUGUUGAGAGAAUAGCUGUGGAGGUGAGGAAGAGGAGCAGGAGGAGCACAGAGAGCAAGAAAGCUAGUGUAGCUGCAACCUCCACAUCAGUUAGUUCCUGUAAGGAGACAUUCCUACCACUGCCACAGGAUCGUCCUCUGUCUGCCAGAGAAAGGAGAAGACUGAGGCAGUCACAAGAGAGUGCCAGCCAACCAGGUGGAAAUGUUGUAAGAAGGGCAUCUUAUGAUGUCACAUCCACCAAGGACGAGUACUACAAUGCCCCAGUUACCAGAUCUGUUUCAGACUCUAUCACUGAGACCAGCAGUAAGCAGGAUAGGAUGCCGGAGCGAAGGUCAGAUGAAGAUGAGUGCAACUCAUCCACAAGUUCAACUGAACGUUCAGAGGGAGACUGCAGGGAAAGGAAGACUGAGUCCAGCGACAUGCAGGAUUUAGUCCAUAUGAUGACUCAAACUUUGAGAAUGGAUAUUGGAGAUGGUGUGAGCGAGGUGGACAAAGGCAGAUUUGGUUCUUCUGCAUUGCCGGAGUUUAAACUGAACAGGAAGUACAGAGAUACCCUGGUGCUCCAUGGGAAGGCUCGAGAGGAAGCAGAGAACCUGUCACUCGGUGAAAUACCAAUAGGCUCCAUGUCUGGCCCAGCCAGAAUAAGGAGAGCCAUAGAACAGCUGAGGACAGAUGUGGUAAAGGGCCUGGGGGUCAAGCUGCUGGACAGAGUUCUGGAAAUCAUGGAGGAGGAGGAUGACACCAAACGAGAACUGUGCCUUCGUGACCAGAUGGGGAAUGAGAAGUACCAAGCUUAUGCUGUGAUGGUGAGGCAGCUGAAAUUCUUUGAGGAUAUUGCCCUCAAGGUUUAGAGAAAACACUGUAUAUAAGGGAGAACACAUAUUUGCAUCUCUGUGAUACUGCUUUUUAGACAUGUUCAUGAGCAAGUGUCUUGAUAGAUCUUGUCUAACAGGAAGCUUUGUCUUUGGGAGAAAUGUGAAACAGAUGACCUUGCUUGUGUGGCAUUGCCACGUUCUUCUUCCUGCUAGCGUGCAAAAUUAUCAUCUAUGCUUCCAGGUUAUGUCAUGGAAUUGCCACAAUGCAGCUGCCCUUGUGUGAGAAGUCUUAUGUAAAUUACUGUGUAAAGUUUUCUUUUUUAACUCAUCCUUCAAACACAGAAUUUGUAAUUAUUCCUGUAAUUAUCAGGAUGCCUAUGCAUAGAUGUUGAAACACUCCUUGUCUUUUUACUUUUUGUAGUGGAUACUCAUUACAUAUAAUGCUGUUCUACGUUGUACUUAUGAAGACACUAGCUCCAACUUCUGCUGCUGUAUUGUAUUUCCUUAAACAUGAAAUCAUGUAAUGUAGAUGCAUUGUAGAUAUUAACGUUUGAAUUAUUUCUAAUAAAUCCUACAUAUCCA